ACACUCACUGUUGCAAUCACACCUCUCUCUCUCUCUCUCUCUCUCUCACUCUCUCUCUAAUCUCUCUCCCAAACCUCUCCCUCCCUCAAAUAUAAACAUCUCUCUCUCUCAAGUAUACCCACUUGCAAACCUCUCCCCCCCCCCUCUCUCUCUCUCUCUCUCUCGUUUGGGUCUGGGUUGUUACUGCUAAACAUUGUAGUGGGUCAGUCAGUAGAUGAUUUCUUUUAACUGAGAUCUUACUUUUAAUAAUUAUCUCAUCUGGGUUGGGAGUUAUUUCACUGAAAAGUUUGAGCUUUGGUAUUAGUAAACUACAUUGUACUAGUUUCAUCAUUAAUUCUCUAUAUAAUGAUGAUUUUAUGUGCAAACCAUGGCUUCUUUUGACCAAGAAAAAUAAAAAUAAAGAGAAGGGUGUUCGAUAAAAGGCCUCAAACAAAAGAAAAAGAAAAGCCAUGAGGAAAAAAUGUCCCCUUUGAGUGUGUAUUUGUCAAUGAGCUUAUCUUUCUCUUUUUUACUCCACACGCUUCACUGUCUAGUUCUUAAAUUCUUAUGUGUUGAACACUACUAGAUCUUGGUCAAAAGGGUCUCUUUUAUGUUCUUUUAUUUCCUCGGGUUUGCUUGAGUUUAUAUAGAUUUUGUUUAGAAGGUGUUUGUGAGCAAUGAGGAUGCAUCAGAUGGGUAAUGGUGGUGGGGGGCAGGUGAUGGAUCUUGAAACUGCAGUGAAAGAUGGGAUCUUGGGAGGUGGGUUGGUUGUGAAUGGUGGUGGUGCUGGAGAGAAAUUGGAUCUUGGUAAGAUGAUUGAAGAGUUGGAUUCAAUUGAGACUCCACCUGUGUUUAUUUGUCCUAUUUCUUUGGAGCCAAUGCAAGAUCCUGUGACCCUUUGUACAGGUCAGACUUAUGAAAGGUCUAAUAUUUUGAAAUGGUUCUCUUUAGGCCAUUUUACUUGUCCUACUACAAUGCAGGAGCUUUGGGAUGAUUCUGUUACUCCUAAUAGUACUUUGUAUCAGUUGAGUUAUAGUUGGUUUUCGCAGAAGUAUGUGGCUAUGAAGAAGAGGUCAGAGGAUGUGCAAGGGAGGGUUUUAGAGAUUUUGGAAAAAUUGAAGAAGGUUAAGGGUCAAGCUAGGGUUCAUUCUUUGAGGGAGCUGAAGCAAGUUGUAAUCACACAUGAUUCUGCAAAGAAGACAGUUGUGGAGAAUGGUGGGGUAAGUUUUUUAUCUGGUUUAUUGGGUAAUUUUACUACUCAUGCUGUUGGGUCUGAUGUAAUUGGGAUAUUGGUAAAUUUGGAACUCAAUUCAGAUGCAAUUAGUAAUUUGAUUCAACCCACUAAGAUUUCUUUGAUUGUGGAUAUAUUGAAUGAGGGGUCAAUUGAUACGAAGAUGAAUUGCACAAAAUUGAUUGAAAUGUUGAUUGAGGGGAAGGAUUCUAAGGCAGAAGUUGUUUCAAGUCUGAGUCUUUUGGUAGGGUUGUUGAGGCUAGUGAAGGAUAAGAGAUACCCGAAUGGCGUAUUAUCUGGACUCCGGUUAUUGAAGAAGAUUUGUUCAUAUGAAGGUUUGAGAAGCUCGGUGGUGAGUAUUGGGGUUGUUCCUCAACUGGUUGAGAUGUUGCCCACUUUGAAUGCUGAAUCUUUAGAGCUAGCAUUGCACAUCCUUGAAGUCUUGUCAUCCUUUCCAAAGGGUAGGCUGGCUUUGAAGGAAUGCCCCAACACCAUUCCAAUUGUUGUCAAGUUGUUGAUGAAGAUUUCGAAGAAUUGCACUCAUUUGGCGUUAUCAAUUUUGUGGGCAAUAUUUGAGCUUGCCCCAGAAGAAUGUGCAGCACUGGCUGUUGAUGCAGGCCUAGCGGCGAAGCUGCUUCUUGUUAUUCAGAGCGGGUGCAAUCCCUUACUAAAGCAACGGUCAGCAGAGUUGUUGAAACUGUGUAGUUUAAAUUGCACAGAUACAAUAUUCAAUUCCAAGUGUAAGCUUACCAUAGCAAUAAGAUGAAUGACAUUGAAAAAUUGUUCGUAUACUCUUAUGCGUUGGAGGAGAAUGAUACCAUAAAGCUAAUCGAAUCAGCACCAGUUAAGGGUUUGGAUAGGGAUGCAUUCCUCCACCAGCGGCGUACAUUCUUCUGUCAGCAUCUGAAUCAAAUUAGCACAAGUUAAGGGUUCGGAUAGGUAUACAUUCCUCCACCAUGUACAUCCAAUUUUAUGAUAUGCUCACAUGAACAACAGCAGCAUAAUGUGAAUAUGUAUGCUAAUGGUCACUGUUAUGCACUGCCUGUGAGCUAUAGUCAGUUCUACAUUGCUGUUUCGAUAAAAUUUAGCAAAGGUGAAUUGAUGUGGGGAAAAAGAAUUCAAGUGGAAACUUGUUUUUUCAACCACAACUGUGAAUUGUUUUUAAUUUUUUCAAGUUCUUUGCCCCAUUGAUCGCCAAAUGUUAUCCCCCCCUAUCCAUUUGUAGCUCAAUUUGUUCAUCAAAAUUUUGUUUUACUUGUUCAACUUUAUCAACAAUUUUGUAGAUCUGCGGUGUAGUUCCUUCAAUAUACAAUGUUUAUCAAUAUUUUGGUUC